CUCCCCCUCUGUGCUCUCUCCGACAGGAGUGGUUCACAGUCUACGAGCACAACAGGCGCACCAACUGUACCGUGUCUGACCUCAUCAUGGGCAACGAGUACUUCUUCCGCGUCUUCAGUGAGAAUCUGUGUGGUCUGAGUGAGGAGGCCGGCGUCACCAAGAACACCGCUGUCAUCCAGAAGACGGGUCUGCAGUACAAACCCCCAGAGUAUAAGGAAAAGGACAUGAGCUGCUCCCCCAAAUUCACUCAGCCGCUGGCGGAUCGCUCGGUCAUCGCGGGGUACAGCGCUGCCAUCAGCUGCUCGGUCAGGGGCUUCCCCAAGCCCAAGAUCAUCUGGAUGAAGAACAACAUGGAGAUCAGGGAGGACCCCAAGUACCUGAUGCAGAACAGCCAGGGGGUGCUGACCCUCAAAAUCCGCAAGCCCAGCCCCUACGAUGGGGGCAGGUACUCGUGCCGGGCCAUCAACGAGCUGGGGGAGGACGAGGUGGAGUGCAAGCUGGAGGUCAGAGUCCAACCCUCUGAGAAGAUUUAAACAGUUUUCGGACUCUUCCGCGACCCCCUGCUCCCUGCGUCUGUGAGCCCCCGAGGAGAGAAGAAACUAUGAGGAGGAGAGGAAAGAGCAGAGGAGUGAGAGAGUGUCUCCGUCAACCAACACCCCGCCCCCCCUCCAUCCCCUAUCUCCUGUCCCCUCAAAGUACCCCCCCAGUCCUUAAUAAAGAAAGUCUUCAGCCUGUC